UAACAAUCAACUUCUCUCACAUGCCCAAAAUCUCCAUAGCAGACAUUACGUCAUCCGGCAAAGUGAAUCUCAUAAUCCUUAAUUCAGAAAUAAGAUCGUAUACCUCAACAUGUGAUGAACCAUUAAAAGAGAAAGUUUCUGCAAAUUUUGUACAACAUUCUUCAAGUUCAUUGUCACUUAAUGACUUCAGGGUGUUAGGUUGAUCUCUCCGCGUGGGCCCAACGGCCCGCCGGGCCCUUGAUCCAUAUGCGCCCUGAUCGGGGGCGCCCAACCCAUUUUGGUUGGUGGGCCCCUGUGACGCGCGCUAUAUUAACAGAGGUGGGGGCCGGGGCACAACUCACGAGGUUCGCCGCCGCCACUUUCCCCACCUACACGUCCUGCCAAUCUAGGGUUAGAGCGGUGCUCACGGGAAGCACUACCGCCACCUCUCCAUCUCACUGUCCCCGUCGCCGUCACCACCUCACGAUGGACGCCGGCGGGAGUUCCUCGACCGCAGGACAAGGAGGUUUCCACCUGAUGAGUUGCCUAAAAGAUGUUCCUACACUCAGAGAUGAUAACUACUCUGAGUGGAGGAAGAAAGUAGACAUGGCUUUUGUCUGUGCUGAGGUGGACUGGGUUCUGGAGGAACCACAACCUGUUAAACCUCCAGAGCCAGUGAGAGAUGCAAACGACACUCAUGUUGUAUGGGAGAAAAAGCAAAGGGAUUAUGCUUCAGUGGAGAUGUCCUACUCCUUUAGUAACCAAAAGUGGGUAAAUACCAACAAAAAGUGUCUGACAUUUAUAAAGAAUACAAUUGAGAACGCCAUUGUGGGCUCAAUUGCAGAGUGCCCUUCCGCAGGGAAAUGCUGA